AUGGCGUAUGCGACAUUUUACGAGGAGCGCCAACCUCCAGGCUUGCUUUAUCUAGCAAAUGCUCUUGUAACGUGGCUAUGCAGCCAUCCAGGUAAUUUUUGUACAGAGUGUGGUGAAGAGACAUCAGAAUGGGUACUUAAAUACGUUACGAAAUUCGCAACUGCCAUUGAUCCUCGCUGUAAAUUGGCCAGCCAGUUGCCAAUUGGCAAAGUGAUCGGUGUCGGAUGUUCUGGCGAUGAAGAGGCAAUUAUCGAGCACUGUGCCGCUCCACUGAAUGACAUCGGCAGCCGGCUUGAGGAGCUUUUCCAGGGUGGUUUACAGGCGAUGAUCAAGAAUGUGAACAGCUUGGCGCCAGUCUUUGCGGGAGGCUGUAAUCUCACAGGUAAG